ACGGGCACCUCGAGCUAGGAGUGGUUACAAAGCCACGUCACAACCUCGCACACCCACUGAAGCUACCCAGCCACGUAAUGCAGAUGUUCGCGUUACCGCCACGCAGAUCGAAACCACUCCUCCACCUUCUCACUCUAACACUAGCAUGGUUACAGAUGUUCUCGCUCCUGUGCCUGCUCAGGGUUUUUUGCCAAAUAGUACUGGUGGCCUUGUCCCUGCGUGCACUAGAGACAUACCCACAGAGACAACUUUGUUCCGGUCUGGUUAUCAACUAGAUCCUACUGUAGCUAGUCAGCCGGAUACUCCUCCAGGCAACAAACAUAUCUCUAUUGGAGCAUCGAUUGAAAACACUCGCACAUGUUCUCUCCCUAGUCGUAGUGAGAUGUCCAUCUCUGCCCCACCUGCGGAAACUGCUUGCCCAGGUUCUCCACCAAGUAGUACAGGCAUUCCUGUCGUGACUGAGGCUCAAGAUACGGAACUACGUUCCCCCGGAGGUGAUGUGGACACUCCUGAUCUCGUGUGCGUGGGCGACGUUUCUUCAGAGCUAUCCUCUUCGUCGCCCACCUAUUAUCUGGAUAAUGCAAAAGCUAAGGAGCAUGUUGAUCGUAUUCACCGUUUUCGUGUCCUAGUCAUUGGUAGAGCAAAUGCUGGGAAAACAACAAUCUUGCAGAGAGUUUGCAACACUACGGAUCAACCAGAAAUUUUUGAUGGAGAAGGACACAAGGUGGAUCCCACUCUUGUACAGGGUUCACUAAAGCGUGGCUACCACAACAUUGAGGAUGAGCUGGUCUUUCGGAGUAAUCCACGCUUUGUAUUCCAUGACUCACGUGGGUUUGAAGCUGGAAGUGAAGAGCAGUUUGAUAAGAUGAAGGAAUUUGUGACGGAUCGUGCCAAGACUGCCAAACUAGACAAGAGAAUACAUGCCAUCUGGUUUUGCAUCCCAUUGACUGACAGUCACAGGAUGGUUACAGCUGCUGAAACAAAGUUUUUUGAAGAAUGUGAUACAGGGCAUGUCCCUGUGAUUGUACUGCAAACAAAGGCUGAUAGCUUAGAGCUUGAGGCUGUUCAGCAGCUUGAGCAGGAAGGAUUGAGCAUAGAUGAUGAAUCAAGGGAAGCAGCCUUGGCAGAAGAGAUCCUGGAUGGCCAUAUUGCUAAGCUCAAGCAUUGGUUGGAUUUCUGCAGGUUUCCACCUCAUGACUAUUUGACACUCACUGGAAUGGAUGAAGAGGGUGCAGAUUGCACACCUUUACUAAGGUGCACAGCAAAUGCUCUGAGGGAGGAAGGGCUACAAAAGCUCCUCAUAUCAACACAGCAGUCUAACCUGGGACUGUGCAUUGAAUAUACUAUAAUGGAGGGGUUGAAGGGUGCUAUGAAGGAGUAUGGCCAGUUGGAACCUGAAAAACUCUCAGUGCUCCUUAUAUCAUGGUUUCCAUAUUUUGUGGGUAAAAUCAGGAAUGUUUAUUUGAUACAUCCUAACCAUGUUCAUUGGCACUGGUGGACUUGGAUUCAUAGCUUUGGGUGAGCAGAGUCAUGGAAGGUGGAGGGGGAUACAUGCUGACUAUGGG